AUGUCGGAUCCGUUUGAGAGAGAGAAGGUGACUCCUUCUUCUCCGCAUAAUCUUUCUGUUGACACGGCGAUGGAAGAUGAGGGUCAUCAACAUACUAUGAAUGAAGAGCAUGCUGCGGAGAAUGAUACUCGCCUCGAAGUUCGGGAUGAGGUUAGUGAACAGCCCAGCACGACGUCGAUCCCUGAAAGAUGGAGGACAUUGAGUCGACGGGUUCGCGAGCGUGCUGGAACUAUCGCCGAGGCGCUGGGUCGGCCGCAUGAGCAUGGUGAAGAUGGCCUCGACGCAAGCUUCUCGCCAGAAAAUUAUGGGGCAACAGACGAUCUCAAGAGCUUUCAGGCUCGGAUGGCUAAUGAUGAGGAGGAAAAGUUGUCGGGCCAUGAUCACGACUCCCAGGCGGAGCUUCUGAUCAAGCAGCUGGGAUUGCCGACUUACAAGCGCCACCCAGAGGCACAGACUCCUCAUUCUGGUGCGAGCACCCCCGGGGAGAGUGGAGCAUCGACCCCUGUCAAUGGUGGUCUAUUAUCGCAUCUACUUCGGGUCUAUGCCAAUAACUUGCCGGCUGCGAGUCGUAUAAGUGUCGCUACGACGAGCUCAGAAACAGACCCUGAAACUGAAACCUUACCGCCAACUGCCCCAGGCACACCGAGCACCGGUGUAACCGCGGUCAAUACUGCAGGCAAAGGUGCUGAGACAGGUUCCAGUCCAAGCACAGGUACAGGCACAGGUAUCAGUCCCGGCACUGCGACUCCCGGUGGAAAGAAAGAGAAGGUUAAAUGGUAUGCAAACGGUAACGAAAGCACGCCGAGCAAGCUGGACCAGCUCAACAAGAAGAUGCGAAAACCGCAGAAGCAGAGUGGUCACCACUAUACCUCUUCUCUGAUUGCGGCAUCGAUGGAUAUGGGACGGGUGGGUGUGCCCGGUACCCAGGGCACCGCAACGCCGAUGGGCUACAAGGAACGCAAGAAACAAAAGCGUCAGAGUUCGAAGGAUGUCAGACUCAAGGUGCACAUCGCAGCUCUUCUUGCCCGCCAGCAGUAUAUCAUGCAACUGUGUCGUGCUUUAAUGAAAUACGGUGCCCCUACUCACCGGUUGGAAGAGUAUAUGAUGAUGACUUCCAACGUGCUGGACGUCAAGGCUCAAUUCUUGUAUAUCCCCGGAUGCAUGUUCAUGUCUUUCGAUGAUCCGCUUACUCGCACUGCCGAGGUGAAGAUUAUCCGUGUCAUACAGGGUCUGGAUCUAUCCCGUCUCGCGGAGACUCACAAUGUCUACAAAAACGUUGUGCACGACCUGAUCAAUGUGGAACAGGCCACCCAAGAUCUCGAUGAGAUUAUGCAGCGGAAGCCUCGCUAUAAUCGCUGGACUCUCGUCAUCCUCACUGGCCUUGCCAGUGUUGCCGUGGGCCCCUAUUCAUUUGGCGCACGCCCCAUCGACCUCCCAAUUAUAUUCUUCCUUGGGUGCUUGGUGGGCUUUAUGCAACACAUCCUCGCCCCGAACUCCGCUACUUACUCCAAUGUGCUCGAAGUCUCCGCUGCGAUCUUGACGUCCUUCCUCGCCCGCGCAUUUGGCAGUAUCCAUCACAACGGCGAACGAGUCUUUUGCUUCGCGGCCCUGGCCCAGUCUUCCAUCGCUAUGAUUCUUCCCGGUUUUGCUGUGCUGAGCAGUAGUCUCGAGCUGCAGUCCCACCAAAUGAAUGCCGGCUCAAUCAGAAUGGUCUUCACGAUCAUCUAUUCUCUUUUCCUGGGUUAUGGCGUCACAGUCGGAACAACCAUCUACGGCGUCAUGGACAGACACGCAACCACAGACUCGGCCUGUCCCGCCGCCAGUCUCAGCGUCUGGGGAAAUGCCUACAUCCAACGCUUUCCCUUCGUGGCUCUCUUCUGUCUUUUCGCUGCUCUCAUCAACCAAGCAAAAUGGAAGCAGAUCCCCGUGACCGUUUUUAUGGGGGUGUGCGGUUAUAUCACCAAUUACUUCAGUACCACUGUGCUCGGCUCAAAUCAGGUCGCGAAUACCAUCGGCGCUUUCACAAUCGGUCUCAUGGCGAAUCUGUAUUCCCGGGUAUGGCACGGCCAUGCCGCCGCCGCGAUUAUCCCAGGCAUCUUCACGAUGGUGCCGUCGGGUCUUGCCUCCAGUGGCUCGAUUAUUUCGGGUCUGGAGUACGCUGAGAAGGUCGCGAAUGGAACGGCGAAUACGACGACAAGUGCGACGAACAAUAGUUCGUUGACUUCGCUGGGUUAUGGAAUGAUCCAGACUGCGAUUGGCAUUUCGGUGGGACUCUUCGUUUCCGCUUUGAUUGUCUAUCCGCAUGGCAAGAAGCGGAGUGGCAUAUUCAGUCUUUAA